GAACCGCGCACCGGAAACGGAGAAGCUCGCGCAAGCCGCCGGCUGUGCGCAGAUUCGGACGCCGGGCAGGCCGCUGUAGUAGGUUGUGCGCAUGUGCGUCGCCGCCUUCUUUUGCAAGCGUGGCCGUUGGGCUGCUGUCCUGUGUGACGACACAUCCCAGCAUGGAAUGCCCCGCUUCCCUCAGGCUGUGACGCAAGAGGACUACAGCUUCCGGCAAUCAUUGCGACAGGACUUCAUCGUAGAAGGCCGCCUUUUUUUUUCCCUGCAGUGCCUGGUGGGAAUUGCAGUCUCCGAGACUGAGCACUUUAUUGAGAUGGCAGCUGUUACUCCAAGAAAAAGGAAUCGUAGUUCUACUAGCUCUGAUAGCAUGUUCUUAGCACUUGGGACUCCAGCAAAAAAACUGAUGAUGGACAUCACCGUGGAUCUGUCUCCAGUCAAGACAUCUACAAAUCGGACCUUUGCUUCUCGAACAAAAUGGCCACCUAGAUUUAGUGAUGAGGAUAAAGAAAACCAGGCUUCACCUCUGAAAUCCUCCAUGUCAAGGAAGCUUGAUAAUUCCCCACUUCAGAUAGCCAACAUCCCAAUGACAGCAUGUAGGGAGUUCCUGAGUAAAUUGUUUCCAAAAUCUGGUUCCCCAUACAAGCCCAUCGUGCCUGCUGCAUCUUUCUACAGCAAAGAAAAGCGGUACCUUACCCCACUGGAGAGGAAACUGGUAAAUGAAAGCCGCCCUCUUAGUUGGAGGGACAACGAUGGAGACCUCCCCACUGCCAAUAGGACGGAGAAAGUACAGGGAAAUAUGAACCUCAUCAGGAAUACAAGCUCAAAAACAUCCAAACGUCAGACUGGUUCUAGGCACACCAAGAUUUUACCAAGAAACUCUAAGAAAGCCAAGGUAGAUAUAGCUCCUGUCAAACCUGUUGUGGAAAAGGAGAACAUUAUUUGCCCAAUUGAAAAGAAAAUGGAGGCUCCUUUCCGAGUCCUAAGCAUGAAAGUGAAACCCCUGCUGAAGCUCCAAAUGGGAGCAGCAUUCUUUUCCACUGGGAAGAAAUCCCAUUCUGGUCCUAAAAAGCUGCCUUCAGGCCUUAAAUCCUCCCAGCUUCUCUCUAGUUCUGCAGCAGAGGGUGACCAGCUGAGACUAUCAGGAGAUACAGAGUUUCACUCAGAUGAUAAAAACAAAGUUGCCAAGGCCAGUGAGGUAUCAAAAUGUGCAAGUGUGCCCCAGAAGAAGGGGAAUGAAGAUAGAGAGGAGGAUAGGGAGAAAUUGGCCAAUAACAUAAGUCAAAAGAAGGUCAUUCACAAAUUGAAGGUCUCAAUGCAGAAAGUUGAAUUGAUCCCAUUCAGCGGCUCUGAUUCCUCAAAGCCUUUGACUCCAGAGGAGACUGAUACAAGGAACCUGAACUCUGAUGACGCUGGAUCUUCCAUAAACCAUGAGUUCGACUAUCAAGAGAAUAUUCCUUUCAGUCAGUCUCCAAUAGAGAAUAAUAAAGUGUCCCCUUCAGCAGAUGUUGUCUAUCCCAUAUUCAGUACACCCUCAGUCAACAAAGCAAGACCACAGCCUUUCCCAGAUGAUCUGGCUUCUCCCCUGGGAUUCAGCCCACCUACAAAAAUGGUUCAUACCUUCCAGAAAACCAGCAAGAAAACAAAAGACCUAAGCAAAGACUUUAAAGACCAGAUGAUCAUUGAUGCUGGACAGAAGCAUUUUGGUGCCAUCAUAUGCAAAUCAUGUGGCAUGAUCUAUACAGCUGCCAGCCCAGAGGAUGAAGCCCAACACAUCCAGCAUCACCAGAGGUUCCUUGAGGGAAUUAAAUAUGUGGGUUGGAAGAAAGAGCAUGUGGUAGCAGAGUUCUGGGAUGGGAAAAUGGUUUUGGUCCUUCCAGAUGAUCCAAAAUAUGCCAUCAAAAAGGCAGAAGAUGUGCGAGAACUUGUAGAUAAUGAACUGGGAUUUAAACAAAUUGUGUUAAGCUGCCCAUCCAAGAUUAAAACCUACUUUUUUGUGUCCAGUGAAAGGAAGAUAGUUGGUUGUUUAAUUGCUGAACAAAUCAAACAGGCAUUUCGAGUGCUGUCUGAGCCUAAUGUUCCACAGUCCCCUAAUCAGGAUGUCCUGCAGCACCAUCGUGCCUGGCGUUGUUCCAUAAAGCCAGAAGCUGCCAUUUGUGGGAUCAGUAGAAUCUGGGUGUUCAGCCUGAUGCGGAGAAGAGGCAUUGCACGUCGUAUGGUGGAUGUAGUUAGAAACACAUUCAUGUAUGGUUGUUACCUAAGCACUGAUGAAAUCGCCUUCUCUGACCCAACACCAGAUGGCAAGCUGUUUGCAACCAAAUACUGCCAAACCCCUAACUUCCUUGUUUACAAUUUUAUUAGUUAAGACCAAUUCCAAACAAUCGCAGUUAAACUGAACUGGAGCUGUUUAGUUUGCUAAAUGUAAAGCAAUUUGCCUGUUUGUUUGUCUUAUUCAGCCAUGUGCCAUUUUAGAUUCCUACUGAGUGCUAACUCUUGCUGCUUGAUUGAGUUAAAAGAAUGUCACUUUCUGUACAUAAUUAUGUUCAGUAUUUUAAUGUUUGUACUUUGUGAAACUAAACCCAAGUUUGAUUCUAAAUGUUCGUUCUGAAAGCUAAAGUUUUUAUUGCAAUAACUUGUAAAUUUCAAAAAUUAUAUUAAUAUAAAGAUUUCUCCGAGUUAGAUUUGGCUUGGAUAAAUGUCUGGCUACUUCAUACCACAGGAUAUGAGGGAGACUCCCGCUAAUUUUGAAACUUUUUAUAUGUAUGCUACUUGCUUUGGUUCAGCUGGACACCAGUGUUCUGCUCUCUGUGCUGCUGAGGGAGAUACCAGUGGUCCAGGGAUGUUGCAGAUAUAGAUUAUACCUGGUGCUAGAAGUUGCAUGCUGGGAGUCAAGUGACUGGGUGAGGACUCUAGACCUAUAUGGUACCUUUCCAGAGUGGGAGUUGCAGCGAACAGAAGAUAAAGCAAAACAUACCUGCUGGUUGCUGUUACUGACACAGCUCUAAAACUUACCUGAGAGGGGAGCGGCUGUAAAGCACUUGUAGCUGUGGCCUGGACCCCUUAUGCCCAAAAGUCAAUGGGACUAUUAAUAUGAAUAAAGAGUGUAUUUUUCAGUAACUUGUCUAGAUAUGCUCAGAUAGAAUCUCCACCUGCUGCUCAGGGAUUAAAAUUAAUAUUGAUCCUAAAUCUUGCUGUAGACAGACUCAGUAGUAUUCUUGCACUGGUGGUGGUGGUGAUUAUGGAUAGUUUGUUCAAUAAAAGUCCUCUGAAAUUUAAUUGGGUGCCUCAUUUCUGAAAGUUACAAGUACGAGCAGUUGGAUGAACACUUGCAUCUUGGGUUCAGAAGUUUGGUUGUUUGUUUGUUUUUUUUAAAUGAAUCCCUUUAGCCUAGUUUAAGGCUCCAGUGGCCCCUUUUGAAUUCACAAUCCCAUGUAAAUUGUCCUAAUCACUCAAUUAGUCAUUCUCUGGCUUGCAGGGUUGGUCUCCACCUUUCCACUGACAAAUCAAGCAGGAGCAGCAAUGCUAACUUCUUCCAACAGUUUUCUGCAUUAGAGGACUCAUGUAAAGGAGCCAAAGGGAAACUCUUUUGUGAGCUCCAUUUAAUCCCUAGUUUCACUGCCCUGCUAUUCUCCAGGAAACAGGUGUGGUCUGGUCUUUACCUCCCCUAGUAUCACAUCUCCCCUUAACUAUAAAUAUAUUUGAGUGAAGUCCAACUACUCUUCCUGGCCCCUGCUAAUUGAAAUUGGCAUGUAUUUAUUUCCUUCCAGAUAUAAUCUUUCACUAGUUUUGAGGCAUGGCUUGUUCUCUAAACUGAUAAUGCUAUUACCAAUAUCUUUAUUUUACUAAGGA